AUGAAGACAACAGCCUUCUUUAGUCUCUGUUACAAGCUGCUGCUAGUUCCAGGGCUAUGGGCACACAGAGAGUUCCCUUGGGAUGAUGCUUCCUUUUACUAUGGGUCCUUUCCCCCUGGCUUUUCAUGGGGUGUUGGAAGUUCUGCUUACCAGACGGAGGGGGCCUGGGACCAAGAUGGGAAAGGUCCAAGCAUCUGGGACACCUUUACUCAUCGGCAAAAGGGUAGGAUUUUCAUGAACCAGACUGCUGACUCAUCUUGUGAAAGCUACUACAAAAUCCAGGAUGAUAUCAAGUUACUGAAAGAGUUGAAUGUUAGCCACUAUCGACUUUCUAUAUCCUGGCCUCGGUUGAUACCCACAGGGGUCAAAGCAGACCAUGUGAACAGCAAGGGGAUCAAGUUCUACAGUGAUUUCAUUAACACUCUUUUGGAAAAUGACAUCACACCUAUUGUGACCCUCUACCACUGGGAUCUCCCACAGAUGCUUCAGGUCAAAUUUGGAGGUUGGCAGAACAUAAGCAUGGUCUCCUACUUCAAUGAUUACGCAAAUCUGUGCUUUGAAAAGUUUGGGGACCAGGUAAAGCAUUGGAUAACUUUCAGCGAUCCUUGGGCAGUUGCAAAGGAAGGCUAUGAGACAGGAAGACAUGCCCCUGGAUUGAAACUCAGAGGUACUGGGGCAUACGUAGCAGCACAUCAUAUUAUUAAGUCCCAUGCAAAGGUCUGGCACUCCUACAACAAAACUUGGCGCAAAACCCAACAAGGGCUGGUGGGGAUUUCAUUAACUUGCAACUGGGGGGAGCCUGUGGACAUCACUAACCCAAAGGACAUUGAGGCUGCUGAAAGAUACAUGCAGUUCUGUCUGGGCUGGUUUGCAAACCCCAUUUAUGCUGGAGACUACCCCCAAGCUAUGAAGAACUACAUUGGUAGAAAAAGUGCAGAACAAGGCCUGGGGAUGUCAAGGUUACCAGUAUUCUCAAUCCAGGAAAAAAACGACAUUAAAGGAACAUUUGACUUCUUGGGACUUGGCCACUUCACAACUCGAUAUAUCACAGAGAAGAAUCAUCCUUCCCGUCAAGGUCCCAGCUUUCAAAAUGAUCGUGAUAUAGCAGAAUUAGUUGACCCAAACUGGCCAGAUUUAGGCUCUAAUUGGCCACAUAUGGUGCCAUGGGGAUUCAGAAGGUUCCUCAACUUUGUUCAGACCCAGUAUGGUAAUCCUCUCAUAUAUGUGACAGAAAAUGGUGUGUCUGAAAAGCUGAAUCAUAUUCAACUCUGUGAUGAGUGGAGAAUACAGUACCUCAAAGAAUACAUUAAUGAAAUGCUAAAAGGUGAGAAUUGGUCAGGAACAUUUUAA